GCGCUCCGUGACGGACGGCCCGAGCCCGGCCAGCCCGGCGUGCCGGGAUGACGGAGGCGGAAGCGGCUCGGGGAGGAUGUAGCGGCGCUGGCAGCGGCUGUGGCGCCGCGAUCUCCCCGCCCCUGCAGCCGGCCGGCCCCGCCAUGGAGGUUCAAGAUGCUGGGCAAGAGAUGGUGGGGUCUUCUGGAACACCAGGAUCAGGCAAAUCCAAGCUGGACACAUUGCCCAAAGAAGACCUCAUCAAGUUUGCAAAAAAGCAAAUGAUGCUUAUACAGAAAGUGAAGUCAAGAUGUGCAGAACUGGAGAAAGAAAUUGAAGAACUGCGAUCUAAAGCAGCUGCUGCAGGAGCUGAUGAUAUUAUUCAGGCUCUCACAGAAAGGCUGGAUGUUGUGCUUCUGGAAAAAGCUGAAAGUCAGCAGCAGUGCAUAGCUCUGAAAAAAGAAAACAUUCAAAUAAAGCAAGAAGCAGAGGCUUCAGUGGCUAAAACAGAAGAAUUGCAGAAGCAACUGGAACAAGCAAGAACUGACUCUCUGGAAGAAAUAAAAGCUCUGAAGAGUGAAUUAGCAAAUGCGCAAUGCAAGCACAAUGAGGAUUUAAAAAAGCUGAAGAUGGAAUUGGAUGAACAAGUGAAGAAACAAAUGGAACUGCUGGAACAGGUUGAAUGUUACAAUGAUAGUCAAAAAGAAGUUAAAAGAUUACAAGAUGAUGUCCAAAGAAUGAAAUCUACUUAUGAGGAGCAAAUUUUGUGUCUGAACAAGCAGUUGGAAGCUGUAAAUGAAGACAAAAACAAAGAAGUGACAAAUCUGCAAGAAACUAUUAAAAGCAACUCUCAGUGUUACCAUAAUGAAAUAAAAACUCUGAAUGAAGAGCUUAAAAAAUUAAAAACUGCUCAUCAGGAAGAGUUGUCAGAACUAAUGCAUCAGAUUGAAAUAUCAUCUAAAGAAAAUGAAGAAAAGCAAAAUCAAAUAAAUCAGUUACAGCACAAUUUGACAGAGAAAAAUGUCCAGGAUGAAAUGAGUGCUCAGACUGACCAGCGUGAAUAUGACUUGGAGCAGCUGAGAGAAGUCUUACAUAAAAAUUUAGAAAACAAGAGAGAUGUUGCAGAUACACAAGAAGAACCUUGUGUAAAAGCAAAAAUGGAGGAAAAAGUUAGGUACCUGGAGCACAGUUUAGAAGAACUCCAGUCGCAGCAUAGUAUAUUAAAAGACGAGUUAACUUAUAUGAGCAAUGUCAAGAUAAAACUGGAAGAGGAAAUCCAUCGUAUGAAGGAUGAGUACUUUCAUGAGCGGGAAGACUUGGAUUUUAAGAUAAAUGAAUUGCAGCUUACUAAAGAAGAUUGCUGCUGUGUAAUUGAAAAACUAAAAUUGGAGCUUCAAGCAGCAGGACAGCACUAUGAAACUGCUGCAAAAGAGCACAAAUUAGAGAUUCAGACUCUGAAAGAUCAACACCAGAGAGAAAUUUCUGAACUAAAUGAAACGUUAUUAUCUGGUUCUGAAAAAGAGCAGAUGGCAUUAGUUUUUGAAAUGCAGGAACUUAGAGAACAACUUGAAAAGCUAACUCAGGAGAAGGAAGAAGCAGUGUCCAGUUACAAUAGCCUGAGAGAAACAAUGGAAACUCUACAGGCUGAGCUAGGCGAAUCUGCUGGGAAGAUCAGCCAGGAGUUUGAAUCAAUGAAACAACAGCAAGCUUCUGAUGUCAGUCAACUGCAACAGAAACUUCGAGCUGCUUUCAAUGAAAGGGAUGUUCUCCUUGAAACUGUAAAUCGCCUUCAGGAAGAAGUAGAAAAAUUGUCAUCUAAUCAGUCAGAGAUAGAAGAACUUAAAUGUAAAAUCAUUAGUCUUCAGGAGGACAAUAGCACAAUGACAAGUUCCAUUGACCAAAAAGAGAUUACUGUAAGAGAACUGGAAGAGAAGAUCGUUGCUCUUACUGAUCAAAACAGGGAUAUUUUAAAUGAUGUAAAAUGCUUGGGUGAAGAGAGAAAAACCCUUCAGGAAAUGUGCAAGCAAGAACAAAAUAAAAUUCAGGAACUUCAGCAAGAAGUAGAUGUUGCUAACCAGUGCAAUAAUGACCUGAAACAAAAGGUAGAGGAAUUAACAGAGAGACUGAAUGAAGCUUUAACUUCAAAGGGUAAAAAUACUCAAAUGCUAGAGCAACUAGAAAAACAGAUUGAAUGUCUGGUGCAUGAUAAAGAACAGCUUUCAUCUGAAGUGUACACUCUUCAUGAGGAAAAUAGGAAACUUGGUCAGGAAAAAGGUGAAUUAAGUGAAAAGCUAGGAAGGACUACAUCUGAAAAAGAUAGUUGUUUAGUAUUGAAAGAGCAGUCUGAAAACUUGGAAAAGAAACUACAAAUGAUGACUGCAGAAAAAGACCAUAUAUCAGCAUUACUUGAAAAUGAACAAGUGCACACAUCCCUUGUAAGAACACAGCUGUACCACUUACUUGAGCAAGUGGGGUUCAGCAUUUCAGAUUCUAAUGAAGAAUAUGACUCUCUUAACUUGUUAAAAAUUGCAAAUGAAUGCUUGUCAAAAAUUAAAGAAGAGCAGUGCCUUGCUCUACAAAAGGAGGAAGAAGUCAUUAGUUUGCGGCGAGAAGUUGAGAGAUUAGAGGAAGAAAAUGCAGCUCAACAUAGAGAACAUAGAUCCCUGAUUCAGGAUUUUGAAAAAGAAAAAAAUCUCUUGAGAGAAGAACUGGAAGGAGUAUUGUCUGAAAAAGAAGCGCUUCAACACGAUAUUCAGGAGCUGAGGAAUGCCAGCGAAAAAAUAAGGAUUGAAAAUCAAGAUCUUUUAGCUAAUACUGAAGAAAUUAGUCAAAAACUUGCUCUUUAUGAAAGCCAAUUACAAGAACAGCAAAAAGAACCUGAAAAACAAGACGACUUAAAUUUCGUUCUGGAACAAAAGGAAACUGAGCUUAGAAAUGUGAAAGACGAACUGAGUUCUCUAAAGAAUUUAAUGGAGACAAUGACUGGGAAAACUGAUCAACAGUCUUCAGUAGCAGAGCUUCAAGAAAAAAUUGGGGUGCUUGAAAAAGAAUCUGCUGAAAAAGGAGAGAAGCUAAAUAAAAUUAAAGUGGUUGCUGUGAAAGCAAAGAAAGAAUUAGAUGCCAGCCGAAAAGAGAUGCAGACUCUGAAGGAAGAGUUGGAGUUGGUUCGAUCAGAAAAAGAUCAAUUGUCUGCUUCAAUGAAAGAUGUAAUUCAAGGAGCUGAAAGCUAUAAGAAUCUUUUGAUGGAAUACGACAAGCAAGGAGAACAGCUGGAUUCUGAAAAAGGCAAAGCAAAUAAUCUUGAACGCCAGAUAGAUGACCUCACAAGACAGCUACAGGUGUCAUCUGAGCAGCACGAUCAGUUGCACUCUGCUAAUGAAGACCUCCUGGCUCGUGUUGAAACACUGCAAAAUAAUGCUAAGCUGCUGGAAACUCAGAUACUGGAGAUACAAAGAGCCAAAGCAAAGGCUGACAAAGAACUAGAAGCUGAAAAGCUUCUAAGAGAGCAGAAAACAAAGGAACAUAGUGGUGCUCUCCGAGAAAUAGAGGAGCUUCAGAUGCAACUUCAGAAGGAAAAGAAACAUCUGCAGAAAACUAUGCAAGAGCUAGAGUUGGCCAGAAAGGAUGCUCAUAAGAGUACACUGAUGGAUAUGGAAAUAGCUGAUUAUGAAAGGCUAGUAAAAGAACUUAAUCAGAAGAUUACUGAUAAAGACAGCAGAAUAGAAGAUCUGGAGCAAGAAGCAGGGAUUCAGAAACAGAAACAAGAGACGCUACAGGAAGAAAUAAAGUCACUUCAGUCAACUAUGCAACAGGAUGAGGAAAGAAGUGCCAAGAUAAAACAACUCCUGGUGAAAACCAAAAAAGAACUGGCUGAUUCAAAACAAGCUGAAAAUGACCAUCUAAUGUUGCAGGCAUCGUUGAAAGGGGAACUGGAAGCCAGUCAACAGCAAGUGGAAGCCUAUAAGAUUCAAGUGGCUGUACUGACAUCAGAAAAGCAUAAAGUUCAGGAACAGCUGCGAACGUCUUCAGAGCAGCACCAGCGUACGAUGAGUGCUUGUCAGCAAAAAAUUGCGACCCUGCAAGAAGAGUGCAGAGCAGCCCAGGCUGAACAAGCAUCUGUUACAUCUGAAUUUGAGAGCUACAAAGUCCGUGUUCAUAAUGUUCUAAAACAGCAAAAGAAUAAAUCUACUGCUCGCACAGAAUCUGAAGGAGCCAAACAAGAAAGGGAACAGUUGGAAAUGGUGAUAGAUCAACUUAAAGUUAAGCUUCAAGAUGCUCAGCAUAAUUCACAGAUGAACGCAUCUGAACUCCAGGCAUUGCAGUCUGAGCAUGACACCCUGCUGGAAAGACACAAUAAGAUGCUGCAAGAGACUGUUGCAAAAGAAGCAGAACUCCGUGAAAAACUCUGCACAAUACAGUCUGAGAACAUGGUCAUCAAAACAGAACAUGCCCAGGCACUGAGUCAGCUGACAGCCCAGAAUGAAGCUCUCCGGAACAAUUUCAGAGAUCAGGUCAGGAACCUGCAGGAAGAGCACAGGAAGACAGUAGAGACACUUCAGCAGCAACUCUCCAGAGUAGAAGCUCAGCUCUUCCAACUCAAAAGUGAACCAAGCACUAGAGGUCCAGCUGUUUCAAAUCUGGCAACGAAGAGCUUGAGAGAGCGGCGGAACACUGACCUUCCUGUGCUCGAUGUGCACACUGUGGCUAGGGAAGAGGGAGAAGGUAUGGAAACAACAGAUACCGAGUCUGUGUCCUCAGCCAGCACCUAUGUUCAAUCCUUGGAGCAACUGCUGAACUCACCAGAAGCAAAGCCUGAACCAUCUCAGUGGCAAACAGAUCUCACCAAGGAUGAGCUGAUUCAGAAACUAAACACAACAGCUAAGAGUGCUGAUCACUUGAAUGAAUUACUUCGUGAAUCAGAAGCAACCAAUGCAAUCCUAAUGGAACAAAUAAAGCUUCUGAAGAAUGAAAUAAGAAGAUUGGAAAGAAACCAAGAGAGAGAAAAGUCUGUGGCUAAUCUAGAAUACUUGAAGAAUGUUCUAUUGCAGUUCAUAUUUCUGAAAUCAGGAAGUGAGAAGGAACGGCUGCUCCCAGUCAUAGACACCAUGUUGCAACUCAGCCCUGAAGAGAAGGGGAAGCUGGUUGCAAUUGCCCAAGGUGAAGAAGACAGUACCUCACGGCCUUCUGGGUGGGCUUCGUACCUCCACAGCUGGUCAGGACUUCGAUAAAACAGUGGAAACACUGAACCUUUAAAAACAUUCCACAACUGCAAAACUGAGAAAUCUUACUGUAAGAUAUCCACUAAGAAAGAAGCCUUCAGUAGCUCUGAAACAUGGUCCUAUGUUAUGCUCUGGCAGCAGUGAACUAUUUUUCUUGUAAAUGUCAAAGCUGAUAAUAAGAACUAUGAGAAGUGACAAAUUCAUUGCAAACAGCUUGGAAACAGAAUUUGUCAAUCUGUGAUAGUUGUUUUGAUAUCAGUUUAAAAGUUUGACCUUAUAUUAACUGGAAUAACUAGAGUUUAGAUUUUAAGCAUUUAAAAGUGUUUACAGUUGCUUUCACAUAUGCUUUCAGCUAGCUAAUCUUUAUGGUUAGUGUUACCCUCUGCACAUAUAAGAAAUCUAAAUUUCCUCUCUUGUGAUGGGUACAGAAUGUAAGAUAAUUAAGAAACAGAAAGGGCAUUUUCUGCUUUAAAGUUGUUGUCUUUCUUAAAUUAUUUCACUUUUGCAGAACAUGAAGGCAACACUUCACAAAAUGUAGAGGGUGCAAAAAUCUGUAUGAAAUACAGUGCUUGUCACACCUGAGCAUGGUACUGUAGUAGAGAUUAAUGGCAUCUAUGGAAGCCUUAGGAUAGUACUCCAAGACUCAGAGGUUGAGCUGAAGCUUCAUGAGAAAGAGCUUAAGCUAGGGCUUUUUAAUCUGAGGUUGGAAGUUUGUGGGAAAGACCAAGAAGAAAUGUUCCAUUACUGUAAUGAUGUCUCUAAUUGGAUGGCAAGACUACUCAUACUGACUUAGGCAUAGUGAAGACACUAAAGAAUGAAUCUGAGCCCACAGGUCAGACUCCUAACAUCUGAGAGUAAAAAUGAAGCUUUUGUCAAUAGAUGCAUUUUUAAAUGUUCUACUGAUUGAAGAUCUUAUUCUCUCCCUUACCUGUGUGUGUGUACAUUGUUUGCACAGAUAUUUGCACAGAUGAGAUGAUCUCUGUUCCAGGUUACUCAACAGAAUGUUAAAGGUUUUUCCAAGAAAAAUAAAUUUCUAUUGUCUCUUCUGUUAUCAACACAGCACCUCUUUUUAAUUUCAGUUGUCUUCUCCCUUAUCCAGUCCAUAAUGCCUUUCACUGUCUUUAAUUUAUUUGUAAAGUUUUAAAAACAUACACAUGUAUUUGAAUCCUGCUUAUGUUUAAACCAGUCUUCCUGUCUUUUUCACUCAUAUUUUCAUAUUCUCUGUGUUGUUUUACAGGGAGUCUUUCCUUGGUACCCAUACAAAUACUAAAUAGAGUUCUUCCUUUCUUAUCUACCUUAGCUCUGAGGAAAUUAUGCUUGUUCCUUUAAUAUUGCCUUAUUUCAGGCUGAGAUUAAUCUAAACAUAUGAACAGCAGAAUGGCAACAUGUUAAGAAUAAACUGUUCAGUAAGUUUGCUUUUGGUUUAAUUUUUUGCUUGUAUAUAUUUCAGUACACAAUCAACAAAGCCAACUGGCUUUAUUUAGGAAUUUUAAUUCUUUUCCACUGUCUUAGGCACUUCUGUUUUCUUCCCCUCCAAUAUAUAUUUUAACUGGAACCUUUAUGGUUUGUGCUACUGGGGAAAACAUCCUCUAGGGACUUUCAGAGCAUAGAACUGAUCAACAAUAGCGUGCGGGACAAGUCUUUUAGGUGUCUGUAGGUAGCAAACAGGAGACUGUGUUUAGGCUUUCUUGUAUUUGCCUUUGAAAUUAUUUGGACCAGAUCUCAGAUGCUGGAUUCCAACUCCAUAUUCAGCUGGAUUUGGUUAAUGUCAUUCAGAAAAUGCCAAAACAGAAAUUUGAAACAUGUAGAAAAGUAAGUGCAAGUCAUCCUCCUGCUGUGAUUUUAACAAUGGAAGCACAUGAGUAGAAGGGUAUGGCUUUGUCUCACUUAGUUCAUACUUUGCAGCUGACCUCAUUUAGUCUCUGCUAUUGCUUAAGAGCUGUGACAAGUUCCUCUUAAAAUGCACAUAUUUCAGAAGUGUAAAUUAUUGAACAUUGUAAGCUGUGAAUAAAGGUGUGCAAGUAACAUAUAUCACUGGCUGUAUGAAAUACCAGUUGCUUAUUGACUUCUUUCAAGUCUGAGUUGCAUGCUCAUUGUUUAUAGUAAAAUUUGAGUACCAUACUUAUGAAUUGAGUGAAUAACUUGCAUUAAUAUAUUUUUUUUACAGUGAAAGAUAGAGAUCUUAAUUAAUGUAAAAAUAUUUUAAUAACUGUUACUAAAUUGUUUUCUGUUGCUAAGAUUGCCAGAACUUACCUAUGUGGCAAUAAUCUGUAAGAAAAUAAAGUUUAACAGACAUGAAAGUAAAUGGCAUUGAAGAACA